AUGGAGGUUGAGAUCAAUUCCAGGGAGACCAUCAAACCAUCUUCUCUAACACCUCCUCACUUGAGAACUUACAAGCUCCCCAUGAAUCGGAAAAUCCGAAAAACGUUUUGCUCUCUCCAACGCUGCUUCUUGACGAUUUCGAACUGGUGGAAAGGUGACUUCAAUGCUUUAACUAGAAACAUGGAUCUCACUGAUAAAGCAGCUCAAUUUCCAACAGUACCGAAAAGUGAUUUCAUCUCAGUGAUUUCAUCGCAGAGAUUCAGAGAUUCAGAUUGGUCUCCAACAUCUGCACCAUCGUCUACUAAGGUCUGGAACAUGAUCAAACUUCUAUCUACUCCUACUACUACUCCUGCUUUGUUCGGAGGCAGUUUAUUAGGUUAUGUAUUGUAUGAUGUCACCCAUUACUAUUUGCACCAUGGACAACCAACAGGUCAAGUAACUCGACAUCUUAAGAAAUAUCACUUGAAUCACCAUUUCCGUAUCCAGGACAAAGGCUUCGGUAUUACUUCCUCGAUAUGGGACAAGGUGUUUGGAACACUACCUCAAUCAAAAGCAGCGGGAAAGGGUAGAUAAUUUAAUUAGCAUUUGCUCAUUGCAGUGUUUUAGUGGUUUGAACAUAUGUUUUUUCUUCCUUAUCAUUCUUUUACCGUUGUGGUGCUACUUAUCGAUUCUAUGGCAUAUUUUUGAUAGUAUUUGUUUUUGAAGUUUAGCAUGUCUGGAUGGUGUUGACUUGCCCUUUCUUCUAACCAAAAAAAAAAUGUAUAAAAUGAAUUUAUUGUCUUGGAUGCAGUAUUUAUUUAUGAAUUCGCUCUUCCAUUAGUCUUUUUGUUUAGCAUUUUAUUGUUCAAUGUAACAGAAUUUUUCGCAAUGAGGUAAUCCAACGGUUAGUUGCUAAUUGUUAU